CCUAGUUAACUUUACCUUAACUCCUUUUUCUCAUUUUUACCAAAAUACACAAACCAUUUUACAGAUUUACUCACAAAUUUCGUAUGACACUCCUCUACACACCUCAACAACUACUGCCUUUUCCUAUUUCAAUGGCUUCUCUAUAACAAAAAAAAAAAAAAAGCUUGAUGGUGGUGGUGGCCCUCAUUUUCGACGACCUUUCCCUAUCUACUGAAGCUGUAAAAAGGCACAUGAAAGUGAAGGUGGAGUAAUAUUCAAGUUGAUUAUCAAAUAGAAGUGGUGUGAAUGUAUAUGUUUACUACUCAGAAAACAAGUCAACAUCGUUUGACUUGUAGUCAAAGAGCUAGAAUUCUUGCAAGAGUUCCCUUUCAAUCAAAGAAACCUUUCUUUAAGAUUCUUAUGCAACCAUCAUAUGUUGACUCUAGGAAAGACCAAAUUUUUAUACCACUUAAGUUUGCCAUGACAUACAUUAAGAAUCAAGGUGAUGUCAUUCUUACCGGUCCUAAUGGCAGAUAUUGGUCAUCCGAAUUCAAAAUGAGGACUGUAAAAACCAAGAAUCCCGGUCCUAGAAUCUGCAAUGGUUGGCGAGAAUUCGCAAAGGGUUACAAUUUAGAAAUUGGUGAUGUCUGCAUUUUUGAGCUUCUUGAUGGGAUUCAAACCACAUUCGAAGUUUCCAUAGUUCGAUUCGCUGAAUAUGAAUGUUGCCAAUGGUCUCAAGAUAGUAAAUAUGCAAAUGGUGGAAGCAAGGCAUACAAAGAUGUGAAAGUAAAGAUUGAAAUUGAGUAACUAAGUCCUUAUUGAAAGUUUGUGGUAUGUCUGAACUAGAACCUUGUGAAUCCAUGAUUGUGGACCAUGUUGUCAUGUACUGAUGUGGUGCUAUGAGAUGUUAAGUGGGUUUUUUCUGCUACAAUAGUUCUAUGUGAUGAGUAUAUAACAUGUAAUGUACAUAUUAUAUAUAUUUAUAUAAUGUAUGGUAAUGCUGCUUUUGAAGUGA